GGCGGCCGGAGCCCGCCCGGCAGAGGUCCGGGCGCCGUAGGGGGUGCGAAGGGACCCGCGUCGCCACGGAGAUGGCGCGGCACGUGCGGUGAGGGCGCCCGCGCCCCGAAGGUCCCAGCCCUGUGCCCGCGUCCCCGGAAGAGCAUGGAGCGCCCGGAGCCCGAGCUGAUCCGGCAGAGCUGGCGGGCGGUGAGCCGCAGCCCCCUGGAGCAUGGCACUGUCCUGUUCGCCAGGCUGUUCGCCCUGGAACCCGACCUGCUGCCCCUCUUCCAGUACAACUGCCGCCAGUUCUCCAGCCCGGAGGACUGUCUCUCCUCCCCCGAGUUCCUGGACCACAUCAGGAAGGUGAUGCUGGUGAUUGAUGCUGCGGUGACCAACGUGGAGGACCUGUCGUCGCUGGAGGAGUACCUUGCCGGCUUGGGCAGGAAGCACCGGGCAGUGGGUGUGAAGCUCAGCUCGUUCUCGACAGUGGGCGAGUCCCUGCUCUACAUGCUGGAGAGGUGCCUGGGCCCCGCCUUCACACCGGCCACGCGGGCCGCCUGGAGCCAGCUCUACGGGGCCGUGGUGCAGGCCAUGAGUCGAGGCUGGAGCAGCGAGUAGAAGGCGACCCAGCCUGGUGGCCCCUCUGUGUCUGCCAUGUAGCCCAGGCUCCGCAGACCUCCUUGCGUCUUGGUCUUUGUCCCUUUGUCCCUUCUGGAGAGGUGAUGGAGCAGGGCUGGUCUCAGUCCCCUACUGACCUGCAGAAGGGGUGGCUUUUCCUUCAGGAAGGGGCAUCUGGGUUCCCCUGAUCCCCAAAGCUUCUCCCUGCCUGCCGUUUUGUCUCCCUGGCAUCCCUUCUUGGCCCAGAAGGAGGAGAGGGUUUUGGUGGUAGAGGUGGCAUGGGGCUGGGGGCAGAUGGGGCUCUUCCAUCUGCCCACCUUCUCGGGUGAGCAGGGGCGAAACGGCGAGCUCCGGGCACCUUGCACCUCGCCUGCCCAGGCCCUUUGGAACUGUCCUACUUGAUCCUGAAAGGAAGGGCAGCUUUGGCCCUCCUGGUGGCACCCCAGACAGGAGGCAAGAAUCCGGAGAACUGUCCGGAAAGGAAGGUGACCUUUGGCAGCUCAGGUGCCAUCCGACAGGGGUUUUUUUCCCGGUCCUGUACUUCAGGUGGGAGCUCCCCAUGGCUCUGUGGGAGCCCAGCUACCGCCUGGGCAGGAGGGCAAGGAGGGAGGGGCUCUGCCUUCCAGACCCCAGUCUGGGGCUCUUCCCCACCACCCCAUGCCAGCAGAGCUGGGUCUUGCCUCCCAACCCACCUUUCUUCCUCAGCCCCCACUGCCCGCCCCUUCCCAAUCCCCGCUGCGUGUCUGUGUACAGGCAGGGGAGAGAGAGUGGCAGGAGAGGCCCCGCCCUGCCUGCGCCGCUGCACGUCUGCUCCUGCCCUGCGCUGCGGUUCGCUAAGCUCAC